UACAGCCACAUCAUGUAUGCUGGACGUAAAAGGAGAAAACCAGUCCAGAGAGCGGUGAAACAGCCCCCAUCAGAGGGGGCCAAGUCGAACCCCUCCAAGCGCCACCGGGACCGUCUAAAUGGAGAGCUGGAGAGGCUGGCCAGCCUCCUGCCCUUCCCAGAGGAGGUCACCACCAGCCUGGACAAACUCUCCAUCCUCCGCCUAAGUGUCAGCUACCUCCGAGCCAAGAACUUCUUCACUGUAGCCCUGAAGAACUGUGCUUGCAACGGAGAGCUGGCCAAUGGUGGUAGCGAUGACAACAGCAAAGCCACGGGAUUGGCCGAUAGUUGGCUGCCUGAAGGCGAACUCUUGCUGCAGGCUCUGAACGGCUUCAUCCUGGUGGUCACUAAUGAUGGGACCAUUUUUUACUCCUCUCACACCAUCCAGGAUUACCUGGGCUUCCACCAGACUGAUGUUAUGCACCAGAGUGUGUAUGAGUUGGUUCAUACUGAGGACCAGCAGGAGCUGAGGAGUAACCUCCACUGGGCCCUCAACCCACCUGACAUCGUGGCCCCUGUGACCCCACUGGGAGAGACCCCCUCAGAUGCGGAGCCGGACAGCAGCACUACUGCCACUGUGACCUAUAACCCUGAGCAGCUCCCCCCAGAGAACUCCUCCUUCCUGGAGAGGAACUUUGUGUGUCGCUUCCGAUGCCUCCUGGACAAUUCCUCUGGCUUCCUGGCCCUAAGUCUGCAAGGCAGGCUGAAGUUCCUGCAUGGUCAGAACCAGCGCCAGGAUAACGGGAGCAAGGCGCCCCCCCAGCUGGCCCUGUUUGCCAUCGCUACGCCCCUCCAGCCCCCCUCCAUCCUGGAGAUCAGGACCAAGAACAUGAUCUUCAGAACCAAACACAAGCUGGACUUCACCCCCAUGGCAUGUGACGCAAAGGGGAAAAUUGUGCUUGGGUAUACUGAAGCUGAACUUCGGGUGCGAGGUUCCGGCUAUCAGUUUAUCCAUGCAGCGGAUAUGUUGUACUGCGCUGAGAACCAUGUCCGAAUGAUGAAGACAGGAGAGAGCGGUCUGACCGUGUUCAGACUCCUCACCAAGGACAACUGCUGGAAGUGGGUCCAGGCCAACGCCAGGCUGGUCUACAAGAACGGCAAACCAGACUACAUCAUCGCCACGCAGAGGCCUCUGAUGGAGGAGGAAGGAGGCGAGCACCUAUGUAAACGAUCUAUGCACCUUCCCUUCACCUUCGCGACAGGAGAGGCCCUGCUCUACCAGUCUAACCACCCAAUUGCACGCUUCAACGACGGUGCCCAGGGCUCUGAGAAUAACGUCAGCAAGUCCAAGAAGGGACGGACUGACAGGGUCUCCAGGGAUGGCCUGGACCCAGGCUCCCUCUUGGGGGCGCUGAUGAGUCAGGAUAAGUCUGUGUACGUCUGCCAGCCGGCCCUGGAGCCCAAGCUGUCCUUCCACAGCAGUCUGUUUGGGGACCGGGUCGGCCUCUCUGACUCCGACCCCACUGCUUUGCUCCAGGGCUGGGAUGAGUCAUCCAAUGGUGUAGUGGGUCCGGGUCUUCCAGAGCCGGCGUCAAGCUUUGAUCCACUGCUGGCGACCCUAGACUCCCUGUCCCUGGAGGGUCAGGGGGGUGUGGUGGACGGGGAAGGGGACAGAGGCAACGGGGAGGCCUGUUCCAAUGGGGAGCUUUUUGGGGCUCUGGAGGGCCUGGGGCUGAGCGCCGAGGACCUGGAGCUGCUGCUGCUGGACGAAAGGAUGAUCCAGGUGGAGAUGGACCCUGAGCGGGUUCCUACACUGGAUGACCUGCUGACCAACGACGAAAUCCUCUCCUACAUCCACGACUCCCUGGAGGCAAAGACUGACGCGGCAGAGGACGGGUGCCAGGUGCCCUCCACUAUCCCAGCUACAACUGCCCCAAUAACGACGACAACAACAACAAAGGCACCUGUUGAAAGUAAUCCCACUUCUGCCACCAAUGUGCACUCUCAAUACCUUCCCCAUAAGUCUUCCGUAGUGGGGCAGGCACCCAUAGUUCAGCUCUCCCAGAAGAUGCAGCAGUACCUCAGUAUGCGGCCAGGGAUGGUGGUCCAAGACUGGGCCCAGCAUAACAACCACCUUCCCCAUCCCGUGGUGCAUGGACUCCAGGGGCAGAGUCAGCCCAUACACAAUGGACAAUGGACAUCCCAGCACAUUCUAGCCAGUACAGGGGUCCCGGUUGACCACUGUCACACCCCCCAGUCUCUGUUCAAUGGAAUGGCGUCAGAGUUGGAUGGGGAUCUUCACCGGCGGCAAGCCGACCAGCAACAACACUACCUCCAGCAGCAUCAACAGCAGGACAUGGUCCAGAGCCAGCUCCCUCUGUACCAUGCCAAACAGCCGGACGCCAAUCUCAACGGAGUGUAUGGCAUUCCAAACACACACACAGAGCAUCAACCAGCUGGUAAACAGCAGUGGCAGGACUACAGCUACAGCCACCUUGGGGAAACCACCCUGAACAGCAACCCCUGCCUCAGCAAUGGCCACAUACCCCCAGUCACACACACCACCGUAGACGCUUGUAUGGAUUUCACUAUGACUGAUAAUCCCGGCAUGGAUUAUAUCAUCAACGAAUGCUCGUAUGGGGGGAACGAGGAGCAACAGGGGACAGAGGGCGCCGUUUCAUCCUACCAGAGGAUGAACCACAAGCAACAGCAGGAGCAGCUGCAGGAGCAGCUGCCCCCUCCCUUGGCUCAGGUGCUGUCCAGCCUCUCGCAGUGCCCUCCGCCAAACGCUACCCUGGAGCAGAUCCUGGGGGUUGGACAGUCCUACAGACAGCUACCCUCACUGGAGGCCUAUGGCAUGGUGACCUCUGACAUCCCUCAUGACCCCAACCACAGUAAGAUGGAAAAUGGCUGCAUUUGUAACGGGACCUACUCAGGAGGCUGUGUUCUGCCCAAUGGGAAUGGUGUGGUGCCCUCUAACGGCCAGCUCCCCUGCCCUGACACUUUAUCCAGCCUCCCUGAUGCCCAGUCCUCAGGCUUUUACCUCUGA